AUGUGUAUAUUGUGCGUUAUUCAAAAGUGGUCUCGCCAGGUUGCGACGAUGCUACCUUGGUUUGUUAUACCUUUGAUUGGACUAUGGGCUCUGUCUCAGCUUCUUCCGCCAGCUUUUCGUUUUGAAAUCACUUCUCCCAGGCUUGCUUGUGUAUUUGUGCUCUUGGUUACUUUGUUCUGGUACGAGGUUUUGAUGCCUCAGCUUUCAACUUGGCGGCUUCGGAGGAAUGCCCGACUUAGGGAGAGAGAGAGAUUAGAAGCUAUUGAACUUCAGAAGCUGAAGAAAAAUGCGACUAGGCGUUGUCGUAACUGUUCAACACCUUACAAGGACCAAAAUCCAGGUGGUGGAAAAUUUAUGUGCGCGUAUUGUGGGCAUAUAUCGAAAAGGCCUGUUUUAGACAUGCCUUUGUCUUCCGGAUUAGAGAUUUCUGGUCCAGGGAUUUUGAAGGAUCUUGUUGGAAGAGGUGGGAAGAUGUUGAAUGGGAAGGGGUGGAAUGAGAACGGAUAUUUGCACAGGCAAGAGUGGUCUGAGAGCGGUACGUGGACUAGCGGGUCAAGCUAUUGGCGGAAUAAUAGUGGUGGUACAUUUGAUGGAGAUGAAAAUUGUUUGGUGGAGACAUCUUAUUCUGGUGGUGUUGUUUUUACUUGCCGGUUGUUGACUUCUUUUUUCCUGACCAUUAGGUGGCUUUGGAAAAAGAUUUUUAGAUUUAGCUCAUCAGUUGAUGAUUCAUCACUUGACCCUGAGCAGAGGCGGUUGCUGGCUAGGCAGGGUGAGAAUGGGACCAGCUAUCAUGAGAGUAGGGUAGAAAAAGCACGUAGAAAAGCUGAGGAGAAAAGACAAGCUAGGCUGGAGAAGGAGCUUUCAGAAGAGGAAGAGAGGAAACAAAGAGAAGAAGUCGCAAAACUGGUGGAUGAACGGAGAAGGCUGAGAGAUGAGAUCAUUGAGGCCGAGAAAUGCAGCAGAUUAUCAUUGGCUGCCAAGGAUAAAUACACCAAAGAGGCAGAAAAGAAGCGUCAUGAGAGGAGGAAAGAGAGAGAUAGGGCCUCUAGUAAGAGCAAUUCUGAUGGUGAAGAGCUUGACAAGAGAACAAGAAAGGAAACCGAGCACAAGCGUGAUCAUCUGGAACAUGAGAGGCAUGCACCUGAUAAUUUUAGGUCCCCCAACAUGGAAAAGAGACAUGGACAUGGUCUAGAGAAUAGUUCCACUAAUAACGGUACAAAAUAUGGUGGUCGGUACUUUGAUCGAAUGAAGGGUACAUUCUUGUCUUCUUCUAAGGCUUUCAGUGAUAGUCGUUUAUUUGGGAGAGGCGUUACUACUUCUGCUACAAUUGCAAAAGAAAACAAGCUCAUCGGUUCUGCAGAUAAUUCUCAUACCUCUGCUCAUAUAAAUCCUCCUGAAUUCGUGGCUGUGAAAUCUGUCCAUAAUGAAGGGGAAACAAAUGCUAAUCGUCCAGUUGUUCCUGAGCCAAAACCGAGUAGAGAACCUAGAAAAUCAUGGCACCAACUAUUUGCCCGUUCAACUUCUGUUGUUCCUGUUUCCUCGAAUGUUAGUACUAUAAGUAGACCUAGUACAAAGCCCCAGGCAGCUGUUCAGAGCUCACAGGUGUCCAGUAAAGUUUCCUCAAUACGAACCUUUGACAAUCCCAUCAGUUUUGGGCUCCCAUCGCCAUUCACCAUACCAGUGUACUCUAGUGGUACCACUACCAGUAGUUUAGGUUUCUCACCUCCAACAGAGCUUGUUUUUCCUCAACCCGGUGAAGAUGAGAAUUUUGAAGAUCCGUGUUAUGUUCCGGAUCCGAUAACUCUACUGGGACCUGUUUCAGAAUCACUUAAUUUAAGGGCUGGGUAUGAAGCUGGCAUAGGAUUGCCAAAACACCAUGCAAUGAAGAAUACACCUACUAGUGAAAUCAGCAAGCCAUCCCCAAUUGAGUCUCCUUUGUCCAAAUCACGGGCUGCUGAUGAAAAACAAGCUAAUGAUGGAAGCUGGCAAAUGUGGAAGAGUCCCCUCGGCCAAAACGGUCUCGGUCUAGUUGGUGGGUCAGCAAAUUGGAUUAUACCUUCAGAGACAACUAGAUCUAACGAAGAAAGUGCUCUGCAUCAUGUGCCUCAACAUAGAACAGAAUCACUAUUUUCAAAAGAAGAUGCUUAUUCACAAAGGAAGAACUGUCUUGAAAAUGAUCAGCCAAGCGGCGUAUUCAGCCCCGUUACUGGUCCAAGCAACCAUGAUCCUUGGUCACAGAAGAUGUUCUUCCCUGCAUUAUCUGGCAUGGAGAGUCCUUUUUCUUUUAGCACACAAACAGAGAGCAUCUUGAACAAUGCAGCGUCGUACAGGAGUCCUACUGAACCUGCUUCAGACAGUCCAUUUGAACAUCCUUCUCCGAAUCACUGGCUCAAGAAGGUAAAGAGCUCAGGGGAUGGGACCGGGAAGCAGUUUGUUGCGGCGAGUGAAGUUGAGACUUGA